CGCAUGAUAGAGUGGUGUGUUAACUUUUGAAGAGAUAUCAUCAUCUAUUUCAGGACAUAUAAUUUUUUUUGAACGCAGUUUUUUGGCAGCUCGUCCUACAGCAAUAACGUGAGUGAAAACUUGCUGUUUUAAUUUUCUGGAGUGAUGGUACGUUAUAAAUAUUAUUCAGGAAAACUGUUGCGGAGGAGAAAAAUUAUUUUAUCUAUGUAUUCUUACUUAAAAAAAAACUCUUUAUUUCGGAAAAGUUUUCAAAUUUGUUGAUGGCUGCUUAAUUUUUUUAAUAAGAUGCUCAUAACAAUAGUAAAGUGAACACGUUUUUGCUAGAUGGAUAGCUGCUUGGUUAUGAAGAUGGGGAGUGCGAUUCGUCGAAAAGAAAUUCUGUUGCAGCGGCCUAAGUUUUAUCCUUGCCCUGCUUGUGGACGGAAGUUCACUCAGCGCGCUCUUGAAAUUCAUCAAAUAUCCUGUUCGGAAAGAGAGGAUUGUUCCUGUAUCGCUUGCAACAUUACUAAACAAGGAGUCUGGGAUGGAGAUGAUUUGGAGGAGGAAUGCUCAUUUGAGUUGAGAAUCAAUGGCAGUUCUUCUUGUGGCAACUCAGAAAAGGUUAGACAUGAGGAUCAUACAGAUCAACUCCUAGUGAAAAAGACAAAGGAUGAUUCUAAGGUUGAAUCGUUGGAGAGCAGAAAAAUUGAUGACCCUCCAGCAGAUAUGGAAGUGUUGGCCAAUUCUGAAAAUAAAUAUGUUUUACUGUGGUCUGACACUGCUGCACAUCAACGAGCUGUGAAUAUUAAGUUGCAUGCAAGUACUGAAGAUCACGAAGGUGACGCCUGUAAUCGUAAACUAUUCUGUUGUGUAUGCAAGGAGCAUGUGUUCUGGGAAUCGUAUGGUUUACAUGUUUUGCAGCACUGUAAGGUUACUGAAAAUAAAUAUGUGACAUGUCCCGAGUGCAGCACCACUUAUUCUAAGCCAACCCUCUUCCUGAUUCAUUUUUAUAUCCAUGUAUCUACUCAUCCCCUCGACUGUCCAGAAUGUCGAUGUAGUUACCCCAAAUGUAUUGACGCCACAAAUCGGGCUAUCGUUGAACACUGUUAUGCGGAAAGUGCACCAUUUCAUUGUUACAUAUGCCUUAAGCACUUUGGACACUGUCAGACAGUCGUUAAUCAUAUGAGAUUGCAUUCAAAAGAAAUGCCUUUUGUAUGUAAAGAGUGUAACCGUUCGUUUCGACAGAUCGGAAACCUCCAACGUCACAUGACCACGCAUCGAGGAGAACGGCCCCACAAAUGUCCGAACUGUUUUCGUUCAUUCGCGGACCCUGCCACUCUGCGAAAUCACGUGAGGGUUCAUACCGGAGAAACUCCAUACGUCUGUAACAUCUGUAAAAGAGGGUUUUCCCAGGUUGGGAACCUAAAGAGACACAUGGCUCUGCAUUUGCAGAGAGAUGACAGUACAUCAAAAAUAUCAAAGAAAUUGGAUGCAAGUCCUGAGGAUCCAGAUCCUGUGGUGGAGAACGGAAAGUCUGAUUCGGACUCCGAAAAAGCAAAAUCUGAUGUUGAAAAAAAAUUAUCCGAUACUACCAGUAGCAAUAUCACCACAAAAGUAAAACAUCUGAAUAAUAUUUUUCAUAAACAACGAGUACGUAAGAAGAAUGGGAAAAUACGAGUCUUCCCUUGUCCUACGUGUGGGAAGGUGUACACCUGGCAACAUGAUCUCACCAUUCAUUUUCGAACUCACACAGGCGAAAAACCUUUUAAAUGUGAAUUUUGUGAAAAACGUUUUGCUCAGAGUGGUGCUGUAAAUAUUCAUAAAGCCCGCCACCAUUCUGAUAAAGGGUGA